AUGGACGAUGUCGGCUUGUCCCUUUUCUCUUUUAUUUAUUUUAUUCUUUGCCACUUAAUUUUUGUCUUCUGUUUUUUGUUGUUUUGUUUUUUGUGUUUUUUUGCAGGUUCAUUUUUCGGUUUGUUUUUUUUGUUUGUUUUUACUUUCUUUUUCUUUUCUUCAUUAUCGUCUGCUUAUAUCAUUCUUUUAUUCACAACUUUUGCAUUCAUUUUCUAUUUUGUAUCUUUUCUUUUCUUUUUUCUUCAAUUAAUUUUUUCUCUUUCCAAUUUUCUCCUUUUUCAACUGAUGUUUUAUUGCAUCAGUUUUCUUCCCGUUUUAUUCUUAUUUUUCAUUAUUGAAGCAUAUUUUAUAAUUUCCCUUUACAGACUGAUUCUUCAUUUUAUAUUUCUCCCUUCCCACUCUCUUUCUCUCCUCUCUCUCUCCAUUCCCCUCUCUCCCUCUUCCCUCUUUCUCUCCUCUCUCCUCUUUCUCUCCCUCCCUCCCUCCCACUCUCUCUUUUCCUCUCUCUCUCUCCCUCACUCUCUCUCUCUCUCUCAAUCCACCAUUUUCAAAUUAUUAUUUUUUUACUCUCUCUCUCUCCCCCUCUCUCUAUCUCUCUCUCUCUCUCUCUCUCUCUCUCUCUCUCUCUCUCUCUCUCUCUCUCGCUGUUCCACCUUUUAUCAAACACAUUUCUUUCUUCUCUUCCUUUCUCUUUUCCUUUCUUUUUUUUAUCUUCUUUAUCUAACUUCUUCUUCUCUUUUUAUUCCUUUUUUUCUCAACUUCUCCCACUUUGGAGAUUAA